AUAUAAUGCAAUUUUGGUCGCUGUGGUAGUUUUCCCGAUCAAAACAUACCCAAUUUGCCACCUACCUCGAAGUGCAGCGCAUCAGGGAACUAAAACUCGCCCUCCCUUUGGCUAUCUCCAGUCUAGUACGGUUCGCGUCUGCGUCACACAGCACAGAUUCUCUGUGCGUGUGUAGUUCGUCCGUGCUGCUGGGUGACAGGUAUAUUGGUGUGCAGCAAUAGUUUGUAGGCUCUUCGCUGGUCCCUCUCGUCAAGCGCUAGCGAAAAAAGUGAUAAUUUAAGAUUAAAAAAAAAACUAAAGUGCAGUUACCAUUUUGAGUGCCCCGUGAAGAAUCUCCUCCCCUUGCUGCAUCCUUAGCAAAUUCAGGAGUCGAUGUGUUGUUCAUAAAGCUACACGAAACAGCGUUGAGAGUGUGCUUGCCUAAGACGGUGUACGUUCGAUGCAGUUCUAACAUCAGAAGAAGCAGCAGCAGCAGCAGCAUUCUUAUGCAGUUACCGGCGAUGGAAGUGAAAGGAAUGUAUAAAGUGCACCCCAAUUAUUAUCAUCAUCCCUCGAAGAAGACGGCCACCGCCGCAGCCAGCAUGCGAUAGGAACGGUGGUGGUUGUACAUCACACACAGCGGCUCUCAGUAUCGGCAGUGCACACAGAAAAGUGCGAGGGAAGCACGGGAGGAGACGUCACCGUUUUUUUUUGCUUUUUUCAAAAGAACCGCCCGAGAGAAAGAGCGAGAGCGAAACAGUCAAAUCGAAGAGCAAAGCGGUGCAAUCAUCGAUACAGCACGCCACAGGAAAAUGUACCCCUACUGAGAGGGUGUAUAUGUGUGUGUGUGUGUGCGCGCGAGAGAGAGCGCAGCAAAAAGGAGGAACCCACUCACACGACGAUCCUGCUCUCCUUACGGUCCUGGUCCUUUUUCGCGAAGGCCACACAACCGACCGAUAAGGUAAAAAUAACAAAAGGACUUGUGCCAGGAGUAGCAGCAGCAAAGAGCGAGCAGAGAGAGAGAAAGAGCGAGAGCGUGGCGUGUGUGUGUAUGUGUUGUGUCGCUGGGAAAGAUUGAUGGUGCAAAAAUAUCUUUUCGUCAACGCAACGGCAACUCUGCUGCAGCAGGAGCAGCAGCAGCAGCAGCAACAAUCAGAAGUGGCCAUUGCUGGCGGCCCGUCAUCGCUGCCCAUCCUCGUUCCUACAAAGAUCCUGCACGGAAGGUACCGAAGUUGCUUCCAGGGCUGCUAAAAACUGCCUUCGCUGCUCGUGCGUGUGGGCCAAAGGACCAGGUUAAGGAUUCGUAUACGUGCUCCGAGUAGUGAACCACACUCAUCCCUCCCCCCUCCUGCUAAAAUGCGCAGCAUGAUCCAGCCACACAGGAAAGGAUCACGGCGUAAAGUUAUCAGCGGCUGCAGCAAUCACACCGUCGGAUGUGCCCGAAAUACGCUCAAAAGCUUACUGCUGCUGCAUUGUGAUGAUUUGAACAUUCCUGCUUCUGUUGCUGCUUCAACCACUACCGACACAACGGUCCAGCCCGCCACCAGCAGGAUAUCAACACUUUCCGCUCGCAGGCGAAGACGACGAAGGUUGGGCAAUGAGCUCGUUCCGCUCGGGAGCUCCGUUUCCGAUGGGGUCGAAGGAUGUCACUGCAGCCACGGCAAACGAACGGGAGGAGCUGCUGGAUGCAGUAACCCUAUCAGUCCCACCUCGACCACCACCAUCACCACCAACACCACCCCCCUCAAGCCAGAAGUUCUAGAACGAUAUCAGCAGCCGUCGUCGUCGUCGGCGACAUUAGUGUCUGUGCCGUGGCACCACAAAAGCAAAACGAAACUACUGUAUAGAAGCAUUGUGCAAAUAUGUUUGGCCUUGUUCUUGAUCUUAGGAUGCUGUGAUGCAGCUAAACAAGAAGUUUUACAAAGUGGAACGGGAUGUGCAUUUCCCAAGCGAUGGGAAGGUCAAUGGUUUCAAUCCGGUGUACAACAGCCAAUUACGAUAGAGGGAUCCACGUUAAGUACUAGGGGCCGGUGCAUUGCUAGCGAGGGCGAUAAGUUUUUACUAGUGAAUGGCAAAGGAUGUCACCGGUGCGUUGUAAUUUAUCAGAAGCAUAUAAACAUACUCCAGUAUAAAGAAAGUGAGUGUGAAGAUUUUUAUACAGGCCAGUUGAAUCCAGCUGCAAUGCCUAUUCAUAGCGUUUUAAAAAGUGAUCGGGGCUUAGCUCAUCCCAACAUGAACGGGCAUUCAAGAAUAUCGUCAUCGGAUCCGUAUAUGCGAUCCAAUGAAGAUAGCGACAAUUGCAUGGGAUGCAAAGGUCGCGAAACAUUGCAUUACCUUUGCGAACAAAUCCCGGGUGAUGCUCUACUGUACAGUAUGUUUAAAAUAAAUCCAGAGCCAAUUAAAUGUCCGCUGUCAGGAUCUUAUACGUUCACCUACAACCGAGGGCAUGGGGAAUGCAGGUAUCCAGUGUCAAAUAUGGAAAUGUGUACAGAAGACAGUAGAUUACUGCUAAGUUUUCAGGCAUGCCCUGAUGUACCUGGGACCGAAAGCACGGUUGAAGAACUAACAUGCUUAGCAUGGUGGAAGGACGGCAAUUCACGCUAUCUGGUGGGUCUGGUUUCACAUCAUCAUGCCACUUCGAACGAGGAGCGCUUUAGGUGCUUCGUAUACGAGAAGCUCAGCGGCUCCGAUGCAGAGUAUAAACUGGCACAAUCCGGAGACGCUACCUGUAACGGUCUUGAGAGUGCAGAAGUUGGGUCCCGAAUAAUGACGCUCAAAAAAGCCCCCCUGAUGGAUCGGUGUGAUUUUCCGGUCUGGUUUAAAGGACCACGCUUCUGGCAUGCCCUCAUGGGCAGUGCGCAUUACGUAUUUGAUGCUAGUGACGGCUCGCUUCAUAUUAAAAAGCCUAAUGGGCACACGGUUGCUCGUUCGCUUUGCGAGCAAAUCAACAAGCAAACAUCCUCGGAAAUGAUGGUCGUUGUGCACCACACCAUGGGCUGCAAAUCUGGAUUCAUGUGUGUCAUGUUCUACAGACGAGAUACUCACGUAGCCGAGCUACAGAUGGGAACACCGGCCGCUAGGCUUGAAGAUGCAUGUACGACUGAAAACUUUGACGUGCAUCGAACACCGUUCGUUACUUUGCUAGCAAAUAACUCUGAAACGCAGCUUUGCCCACUGGAGGGCCAGUAUAUGAUGAAAGGUUUCCUUAUGCCCACGUCCUCUAUUUCGCGCCACAAGCGCAACCACAACAAUAAAGCCCGCUCGCACCGGCACUGGGACGUGGUCGGCUAUCGGAAUCAGGAGAGCGCCAUUGCCGGCAGCAACGCUGGCACGGUGGGCGGUAUCGUCGGCGGCUACAUCGGGCUGGAAGCGAAGCGAAGGUCUUUCCUUCCCCGAUCGCGGCGUACUGCGGCCGAUUCGAGGAACGACACCUCUACGAUUCUGCAUGGAGACAACGGAGUGGCUACCGAUGGUACCGCCCGAUCACGCCGGGAAACGGCUGGAGGAUGUAACAUUAAUCACAACACUAACCGGCAGCUGUUGGUUGGCUGUAGCGAAGAGAGCAUAAUUGAAGUUAAACCAAAAUGUAAAAUCGACGAUGAAGAAUUAUUUAUAUGCACCGGCCACUGGCAGGAGAACCAAACGACGUACAUUAUCGCUAAGCACUCAAUUUCCCAGCAUGGAGUAUGUAUCAGCUAUGUGCCAAUGGAGGGCAGUCAUGUACAGCUGUUCGUCGGGGACACCUGUCACCGUGCCUACAUGCAGUCGGGCCAGCACAGAUCGAUGCCAGCUAAUAUUACUAGUUACGGUAAAUGUGGUGAGGUGAACAGUUCGAUUAAUCUCCAUCCGCUUCACAUCCGGCUUUAUUCCUUCAUCUUGUCUCUGCUGCUGAUAAGAAGUAUAUUGAGAUGAUUAGCUACAGCGUAAACAACUGAGCAUUAGACGUAAAAUCCGUAAAUCGUGUGUACUACAUUCGGUGCACCUGUAAGUGGUCAUAUUUGUUGUGUGUACGUGUAUGAAAUGUGUGCCGCACCAGGAAGACACUAAAAUGCACGUGUUGGUCGGCUGUUGGCGAAAAAAAAAAUCUAGAACGGGCGAGAGCGAUAGCGGUUCAGUCGAAAAUGACAAAUGACCAUAUACGUGAAACGACUUGUCUGUUGAUGCUAGUUCCGUGUAAGACAUCGGGAAUGUAUGGGAUUUGAUUGAGGGAGGGUAUGCGAUGAGGAGGAUAGUAGGAAGAGAAGUUGCGUGGUAGAAGGAGGCAAGUAAUAGUGAGUACAUCGACAAAAUGUACAAAAGUGAGAUAUGAGUGAAGCUAAAUUGUUUUUAAUUAUUAUUUAUUAAAUUAUGUUCUACGUUGCGUUUUUUUUUUAAAUAAUCUCUACUUGUUGUGAUACGAUAAACGGUAACAAAACCCGACCACUUGCCUGGGCGGUAAAGCACUACUGGACAGGAUAUGAUAGGAAUAUAGUCAAAAGAAAAAUGUGUUACAAAUUUUACUUGCCACCAGCCGUCAGUCGCGCAGAAUAAAAAGUCUUUUCAAAACGCGUUAGCUACAUUGCACUAUUGUUUUUCCCUCCAAUUUAUUUAAGGCAUUACGCACGUGAUUGUAACGCUUUGUAAAACUGGCUAACGUUAAGAUGGUGUUUGAGGCUAGCGCGACAGAGAGAAAGAGAUAGAUAGGGGUGAGAGGGGCUGUUGCAGCGGCAAGGGUAGCGGGAACCAGUAUCUUUUUCAUCGUUUGUAACACAACAAAUGAUGUUGAGAUAUGGAAAGAGGGGCGAAGUUGUGAAACUGGAGUACAGUGGUACUUUGUUCGCAACCUAAUCCAUUGCUCUCCUACUACCCACUACCAAGGAUAGAGAGGGACAGAAGACGUGUAAAACCAACUGGAAGGAAAAAUGAUAAAAAAGGCUAGCAUACAUUUAAACAAACAAACAAACAAACAAACAAAAACCUAAUGCACAUAACUAUACAAGUAACAACCAACGAAAACUAAACCAAUUGAGAGGAAAGGAGCAAAACAGCUAAGACAAGGGAAAGUAAGGCGAGUGCUCUUGGGAAGAAAAGGUGUAGCAUACGAAUUGUGAGGGCAUUGUUUUACAAACAGGUAAGGACAUACAGCAACAGCAAACACACAGACACACACAGGCACACACAGAGACACACAGAUACACACAGAUACACACAGACAAACAAAGACACACAGAAGCCAAUAAGCGAGAGCGCGCGCGUGCGCCCGGCUGCCGCAGAAAUGGAAGACACUGUCACCCGCUACUAAUGCAUAAUAAUAAUCAUUCGUUUUUGAAUUAUGUAUCCAAGGUUUCCUAUUAAAAGUGAUUGUACAAUGGUAAUGACAAAACGAUGAGAGAUGUAAUUGCAAAGAAGCAGAAACAAAAACCUAUGCGCACCGAACGAUUUGUGCAAAAAAAAAAAGAGACAACACAAACAAAACAAAAAAACUCUAGAAAAUACGGAAAAAGGGACGAGAAAAGCGCAAAUUUCCAAGACGGGAUAGUUAAAAAAUGAUGAAAUGAGUAAAGCAGCGCAUAUAUUAUAUAUAUACACACACACACACCUAUAUAUAUAAAGUUAAGAAAGAAGGUGGAAGAAAGGGUGGGAAACAGGUGGCGAAAAGGGUACGGCAAAAAGGAAUAUGACGCUGUAAAAUGGGUUAAGAUAGGGAGUAAACCGAGGGGAUACAGGGGGCAUCGCGCCUCUACUGUGCAUGUAACGAACAAAAAAAAAUGGUGAUGUGUUUGCAAACGAAAUGGAAAAGGGCUGGAAGAAAAACUUUUUUUAAAGCGUAUGGAAAAUUAAACAGAAGAAAAAAGCAAAAGAAGAAAAAAAACAACAAAACGAUUGAAAGCUACCAAUGCAAAACGGGGAAAACACACAAACACAAGAAACACACAAGGAAACAAAAAGAAAGUACUCUAGGCUUUUUAAAUUAAAUUAUCAUGCAACCCAGCAAAUUACUACGAUCUGAUAUUUUUUGUGUAAGUACUCGAAUUGUGACGAUAAUGGGUGGAAAUAGAAAGGAAGUGCGGGCGGGCAAUGGAGGGAAAAUGCAAGUGGAAGAAGGAACGGCCGAGUGCGGAGGCGAACGUGAAAAAGGGAGAGAAAAAUAAACCAACUAAAAUAAUGGAUAAACAA